AUGGCGAAUUAUCCUACAAAAUACCUCCUUAUCCUCUUCAUCUUCCACUCCAUUUUCUCAGGGUUCGGGAUUCGACAAUACCAAGCUUGCCACCCGAGGGAUAAAGAGGCGCUCCUCGAUUUCAAGAAAGGAAUCACUUUUGAUCCCUCGAAAUUGUUUCACUCUUGGAUUUCUAACACAGAUUGUUGCACUUCAUGGGAGGGAAUUGUGUGCGACCAUUUAACGGGUCGAGUCCUCAAUUUGACCCGUCCUGGGGUUUAUUCUGACUCCGAUUCACCCGUGGACACCUCAGUGUCUGGAACAUUGUCCCCGUUUCUUGGGAAUCUGUCUUCCCUUCAAGUUCUCAAUCUAGGCAAUCUGAAGAAUAUAAAGGGCCCCAUCCCGUCUGAAUUAGGCAAGCUUACUAACUUGCGCUACAUGUUUCUCGAGUCAAAUGGUCUCAAAGGAUCAAUCCCGAUCUCUAUUGAGGGCUUGAGUCAACUACAAAGCCUCUCUCUAAGCAAAAACCAUCUCACAGGCCCGAUCCCCCAAAAUCUUUUCAAGAAAAUGACAUCUCUCUCCCAACUCAGGCUCGGGGAAAACACGUUGUCUGGAUCGAUACCACCAUUGAUAGGCACAAUGUUCGAGCUAAGAUACAUCGAUUUUCACAACAAUAAUUUGAGCGGAAAUGUGCCUGAAUUCAUUGGAAGGCUUCAAAACCUCGAACGCCUUGACUUGUCAAAUAACCAGCUAACCGGGCCCAUACCAAAAUCAAUAGGAAACCUAUCCAAUCUCAUAGUAUUGGAACUCAGCAACAAUCGCCUCAACGGAAGCAUCCCAACAUCCAUCGGAAACAUGAAGUCCCUCGAAUUCAUAGUGCUAUCUAACAACGCUCUUUCUGGCCCAAUCCCGGACUCCAUUGGCAACCUACAAAGGGUUCGAACCCUGCAAAUGGUAAACAACAAUCUUAGCGGCAACAUCCCCACAACCAUUGGCAACAUGACCGCCCUCGAAUCCAUAUACCUCUCCCACAACUCCUUCACCGGAAAAAUUCCACCAACCCUAUCCAGUCUCGAGUUACUAUACACUCUAGACCUAUCCGAAAACGGGCUUUCCGGCCCGAUCCCUCCCACCAUCCGCCACCUCCUAUACCUUGACCUUUCCUCCAACCCUCUCUCCCUCCACACCAUUCCUCCAUGGCUACAACAACUUCCCCUCUUCAGCCUCCACCUCAGGCAGACGGGCCUAGUCGGCCAGCUGCCCGAGUGGCUAUCCUCGUCAUCAAUCUCCUCACUCGACCUCUCUGGCAACUCCCUCACCGGAAAAAUCCCCGCCUGGAUCGGAAACAUGACAAAACUCUCCUUCCUCAACCUCUCCAACAACCAAUUCCACUCCUCACUCCCUCAUCAAAUCCAGAACCUCUCUCUCCUCACCGGUCUUGAUCUACACUCCAACAUGCUCUCCGGAAGGAUGACGCCGUUGUUAUCCAAGGCAGAUGACUACCCCCUCGGCCACUUCAACUUCAUUGAUCUCUCACACAACAACUUCUCCGGCCCCAUCGACGCAGGAAUAGGAGAUUUGGGCAAUCUCAAUGAGUUUAAUGUUUCGAGGAAUCGGUUGAGUGGGAAGAUUCCGCCGCAUAAAUCAAGUUAAUUUCCGGCUUCGUCGUUCGCUGGGAAUACUGGUUUAUGUGGAGCUCCACUUGCUCCGUGUAACAACUAA